AUGAUGAGGUCCUCACGGUCUCUUGCUGCGUCAACUCGCCAGUUAAGAACUGCACUUAAACCCAAUGCCUUGUCUCGCGCAUCAUGGAUCGCUGGAACUCGCCAGCUUCACACCUCGCCGAUCAGGAAGUCGGGCGUAGCUUCAAACCCAGCAAUGUCCUUCCCCUGCCUCGACGCACUGGAAUCUCGCUCUGCAAAACUCACAGUCUCAGACGAUACCGAACCUUCGUACACAUCCGGCGCGACGCUGAAUUACCACCACAAGGAACCCUUCCUGCUCGACUGGGGUGGUAUCCUGCCCGAGUUCAACAUCGCUUACGAAACGUGGGGUGAACUCAACGCCGACAAGUCCAAUGCUAUUCUGUUACAUACCGGUCUCUCCGCUUCGUCUCAUGCGCAUUCUACCGAGACAAACCCCAAGCCUGGCUGGUGGGAGAAGUUCAUUGGACCUGGCGGUCCUCUUGAUACGAACAAGUACCAUGUUAUCUGCACGAAUGUCAUCGGUGGAUGUAACGGUUCUACAGGACCUAGCAGCGUUGAUCCAGGAAAUGGAGAGCGCUAUGCGACUCACUUUCCCAUCUUGACAAUGGACGACAUGGUCCGCGCUCAAUUCCGUCUUCUCGACCAUCUCGGCAUCGACAAGCUUUAUGCCUCCGUCGGUUCCUCAAUGGGCGGCAUGCAAUCCCUCGCCGCAGGAGUCCAAUCACCCUCACGCGUAGGCCGCAUCGUAUCAAUCAGCGGCUGCGCACGCUCGCACCCCUACAGCAUCGCAAUGCGCCACACCCAACGACAAGUUCUCAUGAUGGAUCCCAACUGGAACCGCGGUUUCUACUAUGGCAAAGUGCCUCCACACGCAGGAAUGAAGCUCGCGCGCGAAAUCGCGACAGUGACAUACCGAUCCGGACCAGAGUGGGAACAACGCUUCGGCCGUCGACGAGCAGACUCUAGUAAACCACCAGCCUUAUGUCCCGAUUUCCUCAUCGAGACAUACCUUGACCACGCGGGUGAAAAGUGGUGUUUGAACUAUGAUCCCAACAGUCUUUUGUACGUCAGCAAAGCAAUGGAUCUUUUCGAUCUAGGCAUCGAACACCAGCGCGCCACGCACGCUCGUCGACAAGAGCGUGAGAAGAAGCUUGCUUCAGGCGAAGCAUCUCCUUUGUCCACCGACGCAGCAUGCAGUCUGACGCUUCCCAACAAGCCCUACGAGGAACAACCCGGAUCGCACCCUGAUCCCUCAGACCCCACUGUCGUGCCUGGCUCGCGACCACCUGAGGAUCUGAUCCACGGCCUUGCGCCGCUGCGUGAUACGCCCACGCUGGUGAUGGGUGUCGCGAGUGACAUUCUCUUCCCUGCAUGGCAGCAGCGUGAGGUAGCUGAAGCAGUUCGUCUAGCUGGAAACCGCAAUGUAACACAUGUUGAGUUGAGCGAGGAGAUGAGUAUGUUUGGCCAUGAUACAUUCCUGUUGGAUCUCAAGUACAUUGGCAACAACCUGCGCAUGUUCCUCGGUUAG